UUCCCCAUUCAUUUUUCCCCUCAUCAAACAUAAACCCAACCAAACACCAUGCCAACUUUCUCCACUCUUGAUCUUUUACAUCAUCAUCAUAACAAUACCUCCAAAAUCCCAUCUCAAUUCAUCUGGCCCGACCAUGAGAAGCCCACCCUCGACUUACCUGACCUUCACGUGCCUCUUAUCGACUUGAUGACCUCCAUCUCUGGCGACCCAGUUGCUCUCUCAGAGACAUGUCUUCUCCUCGAUCAGGUUUGUCGUAAACAUGGUUUCUUUAUCGUGGUUAACCACGGGGUGGACGAGGAGCUGAUAGCGAAGGCGCACGAGUUCAUGGAGUUGUUCUUUGGGAUGAAGGUGGAGGAGAAGCAACGAGCGGAGAGGAAGGUAGGUGAGCAUUGUGGAUAUGCAAACAGCUUCAUUGGGAGAUUCUCUUGUAAGCUUCCAUGGAAGGAAACCCUGUCUUUCAAAUACUCAGCCGAUUGUAGUCGUAAUGUUGUUGAAGAUUACUUUGUGAAUGCUCUGGGAGAGGAUUGGAGAAAUGUUGGGAAGUUGUAUCAACAAUAUUGCCAAGCCAUGAGCGAAGUGUCACUCACAAUAAUGGAGCUUUUGGGAAUGAGUUUGGGAGUUGGAAGAGCAUAUUUCAGAGAUUUCUUUGAAGGAAAUGAAUCCAUAAUGAGAUUAAAUUACUACCCAAAAUGCCAAAAUCCAGAUCAAACACUUGGAACUGGGCCUCAUUGCGAUCCAACUUCCUUGACCAUUCUUCACCAGCAUGAUUCUGUUCAUGGGCUCCAAGUUUUCGUGGACCAACAAUGGCACUCCAUUCCUCCAAACCCACAGGCAUUUGUGGUCAACAUCGGGGACACCUUCACCGCGCUAUCAAACGGGAUGUACAAGAGUUGCUUGCAUAGAGCAGUGGUGAAUGAAGAAGCUGUGAGGAAAUCAUUAGCAUUCUUUCUGUGUCCAAAUGAAGAGAAAGUAGUGAGUCCACCAGGGUGUUUGGUUGAUGACAAAAAUCCAAGAAUUUUCCCAGAUUUUAGAUGGCCAACUUUCCUUCAUUUUACUCAAAAACAUUACAGAGCUGAUGAUAAAACCCUACUUGCCUUUUCCAAUUGGCUCUACCAAACCACUCUUUAAUUCAUUACAUAUUUUACCUUAUUAAAACAACUCACUCCAAUAAGUUCAUUACUAUCAGAACCUUAACCCUCUUUCUUUUUACUUCUUCUCUCUGUAAUUUAAUUUAUCACAUUACUACCUACCCCAAACAUAUCAUUUCUCAAGUUUCAGAGACCCAUGUGGUUUGUAAAUAUUCAUCUCUAUGCAUAAAUAAAACUUAUGUUUUUA